GCCUGGGCCGAGUGUCAGUUCGAGCCCCGCCGCCGCCUGCGGGUGUCCGGGCUGCGAGCUCGCGAUCGGCCGUCCGCGCGCUCCAGCCUUCGUCCCCGACGCCCCCGCCGCGGUUCCCGCGCCCCUCUCCGCGCGCCCCGAUCCCCGCCCAGCCGGGGUCGGAGGAUGGCACAGCCGGGGGCCGCGGGGCCGCUGGGCGCGCUGGAGCAGGGCUGCCCGAUCCGCGUGGAGCACGACCGGCGGCGCCGCCAGUUCACCGUCCGGCUCAACGGGUGCCAUGACCGGGCUGUCCUGCUUUACGAGUAUGUGGGCAAGCGCAUUGUGGACCUGCAACACACCGAGGUCCCUGAUGCCUACCGCGGGCGUGGCAUUGCCAAGCACCUUGCCAAGGCCGCGCUGGACUUCGUGGUGGAGGAGGACCUGAAGGCUCAUCUCACGUGCUGGUACAUUCAGAAAUACGUCAAGGAGAACCCCCUGCCGCAGUACCUGGAGCGCCUGCAGCCGUAGCCUCAGCCACAGAGCUGGCGCUAGAGUUAGCCCUUUGCUCAGGCCACUGCCUGACUGGCCCAGUGAGUUCUCAGGAAACCUGGUCCCACCAGGGCCGGACUUGGAGUUCUUUGUAAGAAUGCUAUCUGGAGCUCCUGAGGGCAGCUGCCAAUCAUGGGUGUGCCCCCUCUGGCCCACAACAGGCCACUCGUCUCAGACACACCUGGGCCUGUGAGCACUGCGUGGAUGGGAACCUGGGCACAUUCAGGCUUCUGCUUGCAGUGAGCCCCCUGCUCUGGGAGCAGCAGAACUGACAUGGGCCCCGUCCCCCCAGCUGCCCUUCGAGGUCCACCUACUUCCUUCAGAUGGGGAGGGUGUCCCCUGAGCCCAGAGGAGCAAUAAGAAACCUCGUGUGCCAACUUCACUGGGGGGCAGAGCACCAAGUGUGGCUGCCACCAGCACUGCCCCUUCCCUUCCUCUGGCUACUGUGCUCGGCAUGGGGGGUAAUGGGGGCGAGAGAAAGAGGGUCUUCUCUGACAAGCAGGCAGGCCCAGAAGCUGGGGUGCUACCUGGACCUCACAGCACACACACACACACCCAUGCACACAAACACAAAUGCAC